UCUACCAAAGUAAUUUUCUGGUAAGAUACUCCAAAAGUAUUCCCUUUAAGGUACUUUAUACAAGACUGUACAUUUGUGCUGAGUUUGUAAUUAAUUAUCCCCGGACUAGAACAUGCAAUAAUGCAGUAUAGACACAGGGCAACCAAAAUAUAUACAUCAUGUUUUCAAUAUUUACAGAAAAAUCACAUGGCAAAAUACGUGUAUGUAUACAUAUCGGGGAGUUACACAACAGAUGCAUAUUUUACGGGGUGUCAGUGAACGCACCAUGAGCACUCGGCGCUGCGCAGAUCUCUCUCCUCUCAUCCUUUUGUGUUUGCGGACCAAUCAGCGCUCAGAUGGCGCAUGUUGCGCGCUCAUUGGCGGCGAAGGAGGAAGAUGGAGGAUGGAUGUGUGGAGAGCAGAGAGAUCGCUGUCUCCUGCUGACGUGACUGAUGGACUUUUAAUGAGCUGAGGGUGUUUGGAGGCUUUGGAAAGCUGCUUUGUUCCAGUGAUUACCGUUGUUUUUGUUAUUUUGUAUUAUCAGUAUAAGUGUAUUUGUGUGCGUGUGAGUGUGUACGUGUUUGCGGGCCGUGUGCAGUGAUGUCGGGCCCGUCGCUCCGUCCUGUCGGUGAAAUCAUUGCCCAUUAACGUAGCACUGACUACUGGAGCUCUCUGUUACUGAAGUUGUUGCUGUGUGAACAAUGCGCAAGCGAUGUCUGAUGUUGAAGCCACGUAUGCAGACUUCAUCGCUUCCAGGAGGACAGGACGGAGGAACGCCAUGCACGACAUUCUACAGAGUCCCACUGACCCAGAGGGGCGUGAGCUGCCACUCACCCUGUCGCUGUCCCAGCUGCACAUCAACGCAGGAGGGGAAGAGGGUGAUGACACAGAGGAAAGCCAGAGCGCCUCCUCCUCGGCACAGAGGGACGCUGAGCAGAGGAACAGCUAACUACUAUGUGUGAUGUGCGUGUCGUCAUGUACAUGUGAUGAUAACGAGGGCUGAUAGAAAAGCAGGGUAGCACCACCGAUGCCGAGGUGCCUAUGAGCGGGGCAUGGACACCUUAAAUCCACUGCAGAGGCGUUGAGGCAGUGCUGCGAUUGAGAUCACACAGCGCUCUCAUGUCCAUGUGUCUCUGCUGUCCAAAUAAUAACAGACUGACUUUUUUGUUGUUUUUUUCCCUCUCAGAGUCAGUGCGAGCAGAGAGUCAGACGUGUGUCUCUUGUAAAGCGCUCACCAUUCAGUCUUAGUUACUUAACUUAGUAGUCAGGUGACUGCAACAAGACGAGAAAAACCUAAGAGAAAACCCUGUGUGAGUUUUGUGAGCAAUUUGUGAGACCACUGAGACGUGCUGAUGUAAUGGGUCACAGUGGGAGUAGCAUGUUCGUAGAGGUAGCGGUGCUGAUAGAGAUUAUAUUGCCAGUUAAUGGCUUGUGUUUCUUUUUAAAUUGACAAUGCCGUAGAGGGAGCCGAACCAGUCGGCUGUAGACACAAACCUGGGAAAACCCUGCGGUGUGUGGUUCGUGGAAACGUGUGCUGUGUGUGUGAUGAACAGAUCCCCGAUGUGUAGUGCAUGUGAAACUGGCCUGUAACUAUAGAGAGCAGCAGCCGACUGUAGCACUGAGAAGGUGAAGUGAUGCAAUACACAGUCAGUCUGGAACAAGAAUGCAAUGAUGGUACUAAAACCUUUUUUCUACUUGCCUAAUGAUACUGUUAUUAUCACAACCUUAAAGGUCCACUGUGUAGGAAUGUGUGACAUCUAAUGGUGAGACUGCAGAUUUCUAUACAUAUCAGGGAACUACAGUGUCAUAUCAAAAAGAAUGUAAACACUCCUUUACAACUCUCAAGAUCUCAGUCUAAUCUAAUGCUGCGUUCACACCAAACGCAAAUUUUCACUGCAUAUUUAUACAACAUCAUCAGCUGGUGCCGGCGGCAUAAUCGGCUUCUUCACUGACCAUUUGCCACGCUCUCUCCUUUUUGUUUUUGUCCCAGUACAUCACGUACAGCAACUUGUGUCAUAGCGUUCUGGAUGUCGACACACAGAAAUUAUAAUUUUCUUCCCCCUUUUGAGUCUUUGGUUGCUAAGUAAGCUUAUGCUUAAAAAGGUGAAGUGUAAAAUAAAAAAAUAAAAAUCAUGGUGCUAGCUGGCGGCCCUUGACUAAAAAGGCUAAUUGUAUGGCUAUAGAUCACAAACAGUCGUCAAAUAUUUUGAUAAAGUAAUUGGUUUGAGUGUUUUUUUACACAAGCUUUCUUAGUUUCUUUUAGCUUCUUAAAUGUGAAUAUCUUGUGGUUUCCUUGCUCCAUUUAACAAAGAAAUAAUUUUGCCGGACAUUUGACAUUUUUCGGAGCAAACAAAUACUUGAUUAAUUUAGAAAAUAAUUGACAGGUUAAUCAAUUAUGAAAAUAACCAUUAUUUGCAGCCCUAGAUUAUGUACUUUCAAUUGUGGGUAUUACAGUCUCACUCUGCGAUAAACCCCUCUACACUUUGGACCUUUAAAGUUGGCAGAUGAGAAGAUUGAUACCGCUCUCAGCUAAUGGUCAUCUUAGCUUAGCAUAAACACUGAGACCAGGUAGAAACAGUUAGUGUGGCAGCGUCUUAACUAAAAAAAAGCAAAACAAAUAAGUAUAUUGUCCGAUACCCCAUAGUAUGUAUACAUACUGAAACAUUUAAACAAAUCCCAUAUUUGAAGAUUCAAAAGCCAUGUUGCUAACAAGUGUUACUAACAUGGCAUCAUGUGUUGUGCACUCAGCUCUUGAGAAUGUGUUCAAUUAUCAAGGAGCAAGAAAAAUUCUAACUUUAAUGUCCCUGAGAGCAGCUUUUUCCAGUUUUGGAAGAAAAGGGGAUCUUAAUAAUGAAUUAAUGAUAAAGGGCAGAUAGGCUAUGCAAGCUAGUUAGCUUAUCUAAGUUAAAGAUACAACAGCAGAUAAAACAGGGCAUAAUGAGUUAAUGAUGAAUGCCGGAUAGUAAGCUAGUUAGCUAAACUAAGCUGCAGGAAAAACAGGUCUUAAUGAAUUAAUGAUAAAUGAUGGCCGAUAGUUAGCUAAACUAAGCUACAGCUAAAACAGGUCUUCAUUAGUUAAUAAUAAAUGAUGG